GUUUUUGAUAUCUCUGUGCUGUGUGAUAGCCACCCAACUGGCCAUUUCAGUUACUUUACACAGACCACUGUAUUUGGACAGGAUACAAAUGCACCAGGGUAGAUAACGUUAACUGAAUCGCUAGGCACAAAGGACUUAUUAGCUUCCAGCAGUCGGUUAUUACAAGCUAGCAUUGCCUAGCCCGUGUUUACUCUAGUGACCAUGCAGAAAGCUAGCUAACCAGCAUUCCAAAAUCCUUCUAAUGUUGAUUCACAAGUUUCAAUUGCAGAAACUUUUCCAUGUAGCUGAUUGCUAACCAAUGUAAAUGUGAAAUAUUUUAUUUUGUAACGCAAUAAUGCCUCCUAGUGCUCGUCAGCAGAGAGAGCGAAAUACAUACAUCGUAGCUAACAUUAGCAUUGCGCAGGCGAAACAAACGUCAACUUCAGCGUCGUCGUGGUUUGAAGGACUUGCAGUGCUUUUGCAAGAGCCUGGGCAUGUUGAGUAUGCAAUUUCGAAAUACACAUUCCCAUUGGGCCAGUGAUCGAAUGGCCUCGGACGUGAAAAUGGAGCUUGAUAUGUCGAACCUGGAUCAGGUUGUGGUAGGAGAGAGUGUGGUUACCCCUGUGGCAGUGGCAGUGGCAGUGCCAAAUCCAGCCAUAAACCAACCCUAUCAACAUGACAGCCUCCAGUGUUUUCAGUGCUUCAUCACUUUCUGUAACCCUAAAGCUAAGGAGAGACACAUGAGGAAGAGCCACAGAGAGGAGUACAAACAGCAGCUCCAACAGACGGACACACUCUUCACCUGUUAUGUGUGUGAUCGCACCUUCCCUUCCUCAGAGGAGCUGACACAGCACCAAGCCACCCACAGCACAGAGGACAAGCCCUUUCGCUGCCCCCACUGUCAGGGCAGCUUUGCCACCUUUUCUGAGCUUACAGACCACCGCCGCAACCUGUGCUCUGAGCGCCACUGUGUUUGUAAGGAUUGUGGUAUGCUAUUCCGUGGCCCGGCUAAACUGCGCACGCAUCGCCUGACCCGACACCCUGCCCCGGAUGCACCGCCACCCGAUGACGGCUUCACCCACCGUUGCCCCAAGUGCCAGCAAGGCUUUGAGACAGAGGCUGAACUCUUGCAACACCAGGAGGAACAUGCAGGCGAUGAGCACUGCAACGGCAAGCCCCCUCCACGCAAGCGUGGCAGACCCCCCAAGCAGCAGCAGGAACCGGUUCCUGAGGCGGAGAAUGGAGAGAAGAAAGAGGCAGAGGAGGUGUUGGUGACGCACCCGUCAGAAGGUGGAGAGAAUUCGGCAGAAGUAGGUACCGCCAAACGUCGGGGGCGGCCUCCGAAGCAGCAACAGCAGCAGAAGCCGGAGUUGAAGAUCCCUUGCCCCAUGGAAGAGUGCAAGACAGUGUGCAGCAGUGUGGCACAGCUCCGCGCCCACAAGAAGGAAGCACACGCACGACCACCCCCACCACGGAAGGCCCAUGCCUGCAGUGAGUGCGAGGAGAGCUACGGACGCGCCGAGCAGCUGCAGGCCCACAUGGCACGUGCCCAUGGGUCCAACCGGCACACCUGCCCCACCUGUGGCAAAAGCUUUGGUCGAGAGAGCAACCUGAAGGCCCACCAGCAGAUCCACAGUGAGGGUGAAGGGGGAGACGAAGGCAAGGGGUAGAUGGCAACACAGGCAUGAACAGUGAUCUGGGUUAAUGGGUUUUAAAAUAGGGUGAGAUUGACAGAGUAUAGGGAUUGAAUAGGAUGGGAUUGGAUGAACAUCACAGUGUUGCCAUUAAGCCCGACUUGGAGCAGACGAGUUUGAAUAGGUUCUAGAAGUCAUUUUAAAGUUGUUUUAUUAAUGUUUAAUAAUUGUUCAAUAAUUAUGGGUUACUGUAAAUACAAACGUAUACAUCAUCUGUACAUACAAAUAUCAAUUGUUAAAAUCAAAUCACAGCUUUCAUUAUUUUGCUACUUUGUUUUAUAUACCAGGUCCAUUCUGCUGAUUUAAUGUGGUUUGGUAUGUUUAAAACAUAGUUAGAAGUUUGGUUUGCCUUUGAACGGGAGUUUGAACAAGAGGUUUUCAUUGGUGCUUCAGAUUAUGCAUAGGGUGUGUUCAGAGUACAUCUGACCUCUCCUUCAUGAUAGUAGGUCUAUUUAGAGGAAUGAACAUUUCAACUGGGUCACUUUUAUAGUUUUUUUUCUACAUUUUAAAUGGGAAAGAGAUGAUUGUUUGGUUUUCAAAUAACACAUCGUGAUUGUGAUGAAGUGUCCUUUUCUGUUCAGAAACUGAUGUACUGAAAUUAAAAUUCAUAUUACAACUUCA